AUGGCGUCGGCUCUCUUCUUCCUUGACCUGAAGGGCAAGACUCUUUUGGCCCGCAAUUACCGCGGUGACAUUCCCAUGUCUGCUGUUGAGAAAUUCCCUCAACUCCUCAGCGAUGCCGAAGAAGAAAGCUCCGCGGUACCUCCCUGCUUCUCACAUGAAGGAAUUAACUAUCUAUACAUCCGCCACAGUAACCUUUACAUCCUCGCUCUAACAAAGAGAAACACAAAUGCCACCGAGAUUCUCCUGUUUCUCCACAAGCUUGUGGAGGUGUUCACCGAAUAUUUCAAGGUGCUGGAAGAGGAGAGUAUCCGCGACAAUUUUGUCGUCAUCUACGAAUUGCUGGACGAAAUGAUGGAUUUCGGAUACCCUCAGACCACAGAAAGCAAGAUCUUACAAGAAUACAUUACCCAAGAAUCACACAAACUCGAGGUGCAAGCGCGGCCACCCAUUGCCGUCACUAAUGCCGUUUCUUGGCGAAGCGAAGGUAUCCGUUAUCGCAAGAACGAGGUCUUCUUGGAUGUGGUCGAGUCUCUCAACCUGCUGGUGUCGGCAAAUGGAAAUGUGCUGCGAUCCGAGAUUCUAGGCGCGGUCAAGAUGAAGUGUUAUCUAAGUGGUAUGCCCGAACUGCGAUUGGGACUGAACGACAAAGCGAUGUUCGAGACGACAGGUCGUGCGACACGCGGCAAGGCUGUCGAAAUGGAGGAUGUUAAAUUCCACCAGUGUGUGCGACUCUCACGAUUCGAGAAUGACCGGACAAUCAGCUUUAUUCCGCCAGAUGGUGAAUUCGAGCUUAUGAGCUACCGAUUGAACACUCAAGUAAAGCCGCUGAUCUGGGUCGAGUGCUUGGUGGAAUCGCAUUCCGGGUCACGAAUUGAGUAUAUGCUCAAGGCCAAAGCACAGUUCAAACGUCGCAGCACUGCCAAUAACGUCGAGAUCCUUGUUCCCGUACCCGAAGACGCAGAUUCUCCCAGGUUCCGCACCAACAUCGGUACUGUGCAUUAUGCCCCCGAAAAGUCGGCGAUCAUCUGGAAGAUCAAGCAGUUUGGCGGUGGCAAGGAGUUCCUCAUGCGGGCGGAGCUGGGUCUUCCGUCCGUGAAGGGCGACGAUGAACACGGUGGUGGUAUGACUGGUGGAUUUGGAGGUAGCAUGGGUGGAGCUGGUGCAGGAAAAUCGAAGCGACCCAUAAACGUUAAGUUUGAAAUUCCCUACUUCACCACCAGUGGUAUUCAAGUGCGGUACCUGAAGAUCACCGAACCCAAGCUGCAAUACCCCUCCCUCCCCUGGGUCCGCUAUAUCACACAGUCAGGCGACAUUGCCGUCCGAAUGCCAGACGUGCAAUAA